AUGUCUGUUCCCUACACCGCGUCAUCUCCCGACCUCCCAGAAACUCUUCUAGCCACUUUGACACACCUUUUGUCCGACUCUCCCCCUCUGCCUCCCUUGCCCGAGAUCCUCACCCGCAACAGCUUGGCCACUUACCUGGAAGCUACGGACCGCAAACAUGAAACUGUACAACGUCAACUCGCUGCGCUCGACAGGCGUCGGCAAGAAAUCAGAAGCUUUGUUGAACAACACUUCCAAGACCCUGCCUCAAGCACGAGUGGUGGUGGUCAAGGAGGGCAAGAAGAAGGUGUCACCCCGCCAAAGGUCGAGCAAGAGUCUGAAGUACACGCGCCUAGGAAGGAAGAAGAGGCCGAGGGAGGAGACGCCGGAGGAGCCGCAGGGGUCUCUGUUGACAGUCAUGACAGAGCUAGCCUUGUAGAGACAGCAGCGAAAGUGCCAAAGGACGACAACCACGCCACGGGAGCCGUGGACGAUCAUCACGGGGAUCAGAACACCUCCUCAAGAUCAAGGAACGGCUCUCCUCAAACUGUCAACCCCCUCGCCGACAACCAGAUUCACCGUUUGCAAGAGACGGAUACGGCUCCGCGCACGCCACCCCAGAACAAGGAUCUCCAAUCCACACAUCCUGAUUUCGAUUACCAUCUUGUGGGCACAAGCUUAGCUAACGCCAAUAGUCCCUGGACUCGCUCGGUGAUCGCCCUCGAACUCGCCUAUGAAGAACUCAAGAUAGCUACCAAAGCUCCGGCCCCAGAAGGAUCCGACAGAAACGCCGCUGCAGUAUCAGAGCUCGUGCGUUUUGAGGAGAAGCUCUCGGAGCUUGUCAAACAAGAGAGAAAGAAAUUCAAAGAGACUGCUGGUGCGGCGCGUACUCGUGCAGACGUGUGGCUAUUUGUUGCGACAACCGCGCCGCAAGUAACGACAAUGACACUCAGUAUUGUCAACAACGCCCUCAUCCUCCGCGGGUUGUUUUCAAGAAGCUCACCUAGUAGUUGCGACCUUCAACUAGACUUCUGUGACCAUCGAGCUUUGAAGAGGGAGGUGUCGGAGAGGAAAAAUAGAAUGUCAGUGACCAAGAAGAUGACUGCAGAUGUCGAGAAGAGCACCGAAGACGAUAAGUCGGCUUGGUAUAUCCAGAGGAAUACACUCUAA